AUACCAUAAGACUCAAUAUGGACUUUGAUGCUCGACAAUCAGCGGUGAACAAACGCAAACGGUCAGACGAUGAGGAAUAUGAAUUUGAAGAAAAGAAACUGAAGCUUCAAUCUGAAACAGAUCCGAAUGGUUUGUUAGGUAUUCCCUCACUACAAAGUCCCAUUUAUCAUGAAAAAGAAAUUCCUCUCGAACAACAAGUAUUCAAAAUCCAUUCAAUCAAGCAUGAAACAGAAGUAAAUAUUCAGCAUGAAAGAGGAAAUAAGGACGACUUGGCUUCCGACUGUUUAAGAGAAAGAAAUGAAUUUGUUGCCGAAUCCAUUCAAAGUAAAGAAAUAUUAUCUAUUCCUGUAGAAAUAUUAACCUUUGGAUCCGAAACUACUUCUUCGACAAACUUGACAGAAAUUAAAGAAGAUGAAGAUGGAAUUUGCAUUGACCAUGCAGAAGAUUCUAGAAAAAUUUAUAUACAUACUGAAGUUAUCAGCUCAAACAACUUCGAAAAUGAAAAUAAAGAUCAAGCACAAUCGCCAAAAUACAUAGAAAAGAGAGUUAAACAUCUCUCAAAUGAAUCAAGCCCAAAUUCCUUUUGGGAUGAGGAUUCAUGCGCAACAGUCUCCAAAGCCGAGAUUAAUAAUUCAAUAAAACUCCGGGUACCAGAAAACAUAGAAGAUGAAGAUCCUAAUAAUCAAGAAGAGGCCAGCCAAGUCUCUAAACGCGAUGAAGGCUCAUCGGAUCCAGGAAUACUUGGCGAAAACGAGUCUUCAAAUACUUACGACAUUUACAUCGAAAAAGAUGACGAUAAAAACGUGAGCGAGUCAACGCCGAUUGUCAAAGAAAUAGUUAUCGAAGAAAAAGGACCAGCUUCCCCAAGUCACAAUCAGACAGGAAGGAGCGUUGACGUUAUUGGGUCUUUAGAGGAAAAUGAUGAUGACACUGAAGACAGGAAUGAUAAUGAUAGCGAUUCCGACAAAUAUUUGUACAGACUACUGCGACCUGACGAAACUUAUAAUUCUGGAAUCUUUCCCAAAAAUAGACAUUCCUAUACAAGCCUUGAGGAUCAUGUUAGUAGUGGGUCUAGAAGCACUAUAGGGUCAAAGUUCAUUUCCUGCUCUAAAUCGUUAGAAAAGAUCAUGCGGUUUGCCAGAAUGAUCCGGAGAAGUUGGCGCCACGAGGUAAGACACAUUGUGCGGAUUGACCGCACCCUCAUGGGAAGCGAUGUAGAGGAAAUAGAUCUCACUGACACAAGCGUCCGAGAAACACACCUCACCAGUGACAGAUCAAGAAGAAACUCCUUAAGAUUUGAUGAGAUUAUAUUGGUUCCAAAAGAAUGCAUACCUGCUGCAAGCGUUAAGAGGAUUUGCCAUGUCCAGAAUGACUCUAUUUAUAUUGACGAUUAAAAAUCCCAUAUAUAUCUACGAUAACACAAAUGAAAAU